CCAGGUAGUCCAAAUACAGGACGACGAAGAAUCGAUAUUGUUUUGCUCGCAGAAAUGUACAAGACGGAGAAGCUAAAAGCUUUGGUUAAUGAGCGACUGAAGGCAGCGGCAGAGGAAAUAUUUAGCCUCUUUGAAAAAACGAUUCAAGACUAUCAGGAGGAAGUAUUUCGCUCCAAGCAAGAGAUCGACAGUCGGCGACGACUGGUUGGAUGUAAAGCCCCGCUGCAACUCUCUGUCCAAGAAGAGGAAGCGCCACCUGAGAAGGAGCACUGUGAGAACAAAAUUGACCUGUGCGAGGUGGAUCAAGAGCUUGCCCACAUUAAAGAAGAACAUGAGGAACUGUGGACCAAUCAGUCAGCCCCACUGCAGCUCUCUGUCCAGGAAGAUGAUGCAUCCCCUGAGCAGAAUGCUCAACAGCCUGCACAGAUUAAAGAAGAACACGAGGAACUGUGGACCAACCAAGCAGGUGAAAUGCUGCAGGAAGAUGACACAAAAGACUCCUUGUUCAAUGUAAUUUACAUGGAAAGAAGUGAUGAAUAUGGGAGGUGGUAUUCACAUUCAAACCAAAAUAUCGAAAGUGUAGAGGGAGAUCCUUUGCCCAGCACCUCAGCACGGCAGAAAGCAGAGCCUGAUCCAGAAUAUUACGCUGCUCCAGAGCUGACCAGUGACUAUCAGAUGAUUAAUGAUGUUGAUAGUGAUGACUGCCGAGGCAGUGGAGGACAUCACUCUGGUACAAAGAGAAAUGAACAACAGCGAGCUGCCCCUCUGCAGCGCUCUAUCCAGGAAGAGGAGGCAGCCUCUGAGCAAGAGCACUGUGACAGUAAAAUUGGCCUGGGUGAGGAUGAUCAAGAAGCUCAGCUGGUUAACGAACAUGACAAACUGUGGACCAAUCAGUCAGGAGAAAAGCUGCAGGAAGAUGAUACAAAAGACUCCUUGUUCAAUAUACCUUACAUGCGCAGACAUGAUGAAGAGGCAAGAUCUUGUUCAUAUUCAAACCAAAUUUCUGAAAAUAUAGGAGACCCUUUGCCCAGCAGCUCAACUGAACACAAAGCAGAACCUGAACAAUGCUGUGGUGAUCCAGAGUUGACUGGUGACUAUCAGAUGGGUGAAAAUGUUGACCAAAGAGGCAGUGAAGGACAGCAGUCUGGUACUGCCAAAAAUAAACAGCAGCCUGGUAAGACGGUAGCCAGGCUGUAUGCGUGCAGCUUUUGUAACAAGACUUUCAGGACUAAAUUCAUUCUGGCAAACCAUGUAACAAUACACACUGAGGCAAAACUAUACAGCUGCAGGAUUUGUGGUAAACGCUUUCUUUACCGCACCCAUCUGCAGCUUCAUAUGAACUGUCACUCUGGACAGAGGCCAUACACAUGCAAUAUUUGUGGCAAAGGAUUCACACAUCCAGGAAGCAUCAGUACUCAUAAACGGACCCACACAGGAGAGAAACCUUACAGCUGUGCUGACUGUGGCAAACAUUUUAGACAGAAAGCAGAUCUCAUCAAGCACACACUGAUACACACCGGUGAAAAGCCAUUCAGGUGCAAUGUCUGUAAUCGAGAAUUUAACCGUCUGUCUAAUUGCAGACGUCACAUGAGGACUCAUUUAGUCUAAAGUCCAUAUAUUUAUUAUAUGGCUGAAAAAAAUGUUCACAUUUGAUAAUGAACUUUCUUUUACGG